GCAAGAUCUGUCCGCCCCGGUUGAGGCGCGCGCCAAAGAAGAGGAAGCAUCGUACAUGCCGGCUUGCUGGCCAAAUGCGCCAAUCACCACUCAUUUAGUCCUGCCCCCCCCCCUCCCUCCCUUCCCCUCUUCCCUUGCCCUGCCCGUGCCCCUUUCGCGCCUCCGAGACCGUUGCCACACCACACAAGCCCCCACUCGCAGCCCAAUGUUCUUCACCGAGCCCGAGUUCCUGGACGGGCUGGAGCGCUACCUGCACGCCAGUGCUCUCGCCGAGCCGGAGGGCCGGGCACCUGCCCUCUACAAGGCAUUCGCUCAAUACAAGCUGGCCAACGCCACCUUCAAGUCCAUCUGCCAGUCGCAGCAGAAGCGCCGCCAGGUCCAAUUUGCCGCGAGCCUCGCCCAAUGGGCUAAGGAACAUCCGCGCCACUCGCCGAAGGAGCUGGAGAAGGCAGUCCACGAGCGCCUUGUGUUCUUCUUCUUUUCGUGACGCCCUUCGAUUCGCGUCGACGCCAGUCAUUGCCAUAUGUGUCUUGCACCUCCCCGCUCCCUCCUCCCCCUUUCAAAUCCUCCUGUACAAUAGCCCGAGACCUGGUCAGCCUCCCCUGGUCGCUGCUUCCCUCUUCCGUCCUCCUGCUUUUGUUGGCUUUUCCUUCCGGCCAGGACAAUCGCAUCGCCCUCUGAUCGG